AUGCCGACUGGCGGAUCAGUCAUAUCUUGGAUGACUUUCCACAUCACGAAGUUAAAGCGAAACUUGUCGUACGAUCUCAUUGUCCGUCUCAUCUGCAUGCUAGACGUUGGUAAAUUCCGAAAUGCAUAUUCCGGCCGCAGGAACUUGGUUUGGAGAAAAUGGAACUUUGAGGCAUUCGUAAAAGAGAUAUUCUCGGAAGACAUACAACUAGAGCACGACAAAAUCAAGCUCGGACCUCUUUUCAAUCGGGUUCAAAGUCGAACUGACAACCAACCUGUCUUACCAUCUUCUCCCAAGAGCGAUCCAGACACCGAGAAAUGGUACAAAAGACAGUACAAUACCAAGGAGCUGGAUUUCGAUAUCCUGAGAUGCGGUUCGUUCCCAGGACGCAUCCAUGAAUACAAAUACUGGCACAACCGGCUCGUUAUACUGAAAGAAGCAUUCGAUAAAUUCUGGCCGUCAACAAUGUCUCAGUGGUGGAACGAUAGACGCGAUGGAAUCCAGUAG